AUGUCGACGAUCAACAUCUUUGAACCUCAAACUAUCCUCACUGCGAUCUCCACCACCCUCAACAAAGAUCCCAUCAUCAUCACCCUCACACCCACCCUUGAAGGAAACUUCUUCAUCGCGGCACCAAUGAACGACGUGACAUGCUACCGACGAAACUACUUUGCGCCCUGUCUCCUCGUCACAGCCAAUGCUCCACCCGAAACUUGGAUCAUCCGCGGAUCAGCUGGACAGAUGACACGCGUACAAAGUCUGUCUGUACACCUCAGUGCACGCAUGUCCUCCAGCCCCACCAAGCCCGUUCCGCUCGUCCAACAAACCAGUCGGAAAGACAUGACGGGCGGAAAUCCACCCGAUCCUUUACCAGUGGUUUGGAAUGAGAGGGGGAUGGUGGAGAGUAAACCCCUCACAUGGAAACGAAUGCAAUUCAAAUCCGCCACAGCAAAAAACACUCGAACUAAAUCAUCCACAUCCACGACCGACUCCCCAUCCGGUACAACCACCUACCGCGGCGAGAACUACUCCCUCGUCCUAACCCUCGUUGCCACAACCCCAGAGCAAGUACACGUACCUCUGAUCGAGGUUAACAGCGUACCAAUCUGCGUCCGUGGGCGUAGUGCGUGGUUUUAUGCCGAUUCUGCGACACAGCCGAUUCCGGGGGUUAAAUCGCAGGCUGAGAGAUGGGCGGGUGUGGUUCCGAGUAUGAGUUCGAGUUCGAACGCGGCGUCGGCGUCGACGGCGACGGGGACGGCGACGGGGACGGGUAGGGGUGGUGAGGAGGGGGUGCCGGUGCCUGUUUCCGUUUCCGUUCCGCAGGCGGGGUGGUAUUCGAACAAUACCCCCGUCGCGGGACAACAAAGCGUCAACUUUGGCCUAGGAGCAUGGACUGGAGCUGGAGCUGGCGUUGGAGUCGGCACAGGGAUGUUAUCGGGGAACGGACGACCCCGACCGCAGCCGUCUAGUCUGAACUUUUCGUCAAGUUUGCCGGAUUAUACUGGCGGUGCGUAUUCUCCGAUGAACACUUCGACGACGAAUGCGUGGACGCCGGCCGUCUUUGAUUUCGGAAGUGGGAGUGGGAGUGCGUAUCCUGGGGCGUCUGUACCGACGAUGACGGCAACACCCACACCGACCAUCAAUGCUGUCAGUACAGGUGCAGGAUUCAUGUCUCCACCAACCACCACCUCCAUCUUGAUUCCCACGCCCACCCCAAUCCUCCUUCGUCACGCUUCUUCCGACUUCAGCUCCUCCUCCAGCCGCACAGGAACCCUAAGUCUAAGCCGGAUGAGCACCCAAGAAGAGCGCGAUAUGGACAUGGGUAUGGACAUGGAUAUCCCGGCUCCUGAUCUGAGUCCUCGGGAAAAGCCGAAGUGCCGGUCGUUGAGUUUGUCGCAUCAUAUGACACCGCCGACGGUGCCGAGUAUGCUGCAACGGCAUUCGAUUUCGACGGUUCCGGAGGACCAGGCGUCGAUGUCGGUGUCACAGCAAACUGGGACUACUGGAGGUGGUGGUGGUGGUGACGAGAGCGGUAUUGGGAGUGGAGGUGAGGGUGGUGGAGAGGGCGAUGGCGAUGCGUAUAUCUUUUACCCGAUGGAUGCUCGGUACGCACUUCCGCCCGUCGAUGUCGUCUAUUUACCCCAUGCGGGACAUUGUCAUAGGGAUACGAGUACGGGCGGGGACGGAGGUGUCGGGUAUAUGUAUGGUCAUGGGAGGGGGUUUGGGCAGGGUGGAUGA